CAUCAAUGCCAAAGAAAGGUCGUCCAUCAACUUUUGCAGUAGAUGAAACUAGGCGUCUCAUUUCAACACAUAGGGACAAAAUUGUGGUAGAUGGAAAUGAGAAGAAAAACCACAUUUGGAAUGACAUAUCUAGUGCCAUCAAUGCAAUACCCGAGCUGAAAACCUCUGUAUCUGCAUCUAAUGUUUAUCUUGUGGUGAAGGAGAACAGGUACGGGCUCUUAACUACUCUUCUUCAUUAUGAUGGAUCUACCAGUUCUGUGGAAUCCCCGAGAGAAGAACAAAUAUCCUCGUCCAGAACGAAGACAAAUAUUCGACGAAAUUUCCAGUGAUGAAUUUGCAGGAGAAGUUAAAAACUUUAAAACUACUUUAAGCAGGAAAGGCUGAAAGACAUGACACCAGAUCAAGCCACAUACAAGGACGGGAAGACUGU